AAUUAAUGAAAACGGGAAGAAACGGGAGUUUAGCAGAUCUGAUCCUCUUGCUAGUUAAUGGUCGCGGUCUAUUCGCCUGGGUCCUCGUUCGUAUUCUCGUGCGGAAAACACUACUUCCCGUGGACUCUUAGUUGUCGCACGUACUGCAUCGUAUCGCGAAGCUCAUCACACACCGUCUGUAGUUUUCUUUCGUCCUACCAUCAACGAGAUUGAGGAAUGAGUUCGAGCGCGUGUUACAAGUGCAACCGCAUGGGCCACUUUGCAAGAGAGUGCCCACAAGGUGGAGGUGGAGGAAGAGGAGAUCGUGGACGAGAUAGAGACGGUGGAUUUGGACGUGGUCGAGAGAAAUGUUUCAAGUGCAACCAAUUUGGCCAUUUUGCACGUGAAUGUAAAGAAGAUCAAGAUCUUUGCUAUCGCUGCAAUGGUGUUGGCCACAUUGCAAAGGAUUGUCAACAGGGUCCGGAGUUGAGCUGUUACAAUUGCAAUAAGACUGGUCACAUGGCGCGUAGCUGCCCGGAAGGUGGAAAUGAUUCUGGCCGCUUCGCAAUGCAGAGUUGCUACAACUGCAACAAGACCGGUCAUAUUGCUCGCAAUUGCACCGAGGCUGGCGGCAAGACUUGCUACAUCUGUGGCAAAACGGGUCAUAUAAGCCGUGAGUGUGACCAGGAUGACAGGAAGUAGGAAAACCCAAUCCGUGCCGCUCGCUUUAAAAUAUUGAUAAGCCGUUUAACGUCGCGCGUGCCACUACUGGGGAUUGUAGCUAGGUAGGGAUGUGCGGACGUAUGUCUGUUGACGCGUACAAUUCGUAAGAGGACGCGUAUCGCCGCCGGUGUCGUCGUCUUCAUCGUUGUCGUCGUCGGAAUAACAUAAUCGUUCGAAUUUUCAUCUCUCCCAUGCUCCCAAAUUCCUGGAGGCCAGCCCCCAGCCCUUCUCCUCCCUCUAUUGUACCCAAAUAUCCUUAUCCUCUUUGCCCACCGUUGUUCUUUUCUCACAUGGGUUUUCUUUUUCUUAAUAAUGUCUCUUUAAGUUUUUAUUGCUGUUAUACUGACUAUACCACACAUACUAGUACGUGAUUGUGCGUUUGCAGAAGGUUUAUCCUAGGAAUAAACUGGCGUAUAGAGCACAGCGUAUGAAAGAAAAAAGAAAACAUCUCCAUUUGCGCGCGCACGCGCAUGAAUGGACACACAUUUACAUGUACACACACCUUUAAGUAAUAAUAGUGUAAACAUUCGAUUGAAUUAGAGUAGAGACACGGAGUCCUCUAUCCCCUGACCUUCGAAUUGUCUUGUACGCGCAUUGUUUUUCCAAUGCAAGAUGUAUGGAUUCUCGGAAGCUGAUGCGUAGUCUUGUCAUUAUUCUUCUACCCAGGUCGAAAUUAGGGUUGUAAAGACCGUCGCACAAGAAUGUUUAUAAAGCGUUCUUAUGCGAUGGUCUUAAGAGACGGAUUUGUCAAAUGUACCGAUUUGCCGAUAAGCAUACGCUGACAUGAUCAUACGUUUGUGAUUAAAAUUUUCUUCCUUUUAUAAGGGAAAUUAGAUUUAAGUUACAAAAUGCAACAUAAUUUUAUGCAUGAAUUAUAGAUAGGAAAGAUUAUUAGCGUAAAGACUAAAUUCAAAUUGAAUUUGAAUAGUUUUCUUACUCUCUGGAGACGCUCUUUCAUUAGACCUUAUGCAAUAAUUAAUUAUCUUUUCAUGCAAUUGCAAUUUAAAGCAUUUUCAAAAAAAGUCAUGAAGGCAAGAAAAUCAAAAUUUACUAAACUAUGUUAUUAAUAUAUUUUUAAAUUUGGUAUCGAGCCAUAUUGCGCUCGUAUGCUGUAAUUUAUUGAUAUAUUGAAUUUUAUGUUUAAAUACUGGCGUAUGAUAAUUUUCGUGCACACGUUACGUUAAAAUAUAAGAUUUGUUUCAUACAAAACCAAUGACAGUUGAUAAUAGAAUACAAUCAAAAUAUUCCGACAACUUUAUCUUUGUUCUUAUACAUAUGUAUAGGUACAUAUUUAUAAACAAAGUCAAAAACGUGCGCUUCUCACAGUCAAAAAUGAUCACAGAUGUCGAUUAGAACUAUGAAAUAUCCACAACACAUUUUUACAUUCCAAUUGUUAACUGUUGUCGGAGUAUUUAUAGGUGUGAUUUAUUGACUGAAAUCACGACAAAAUUAGUUUCUAACAAAUCUGAUUUUCAUGCAGUUCAGCAUUAUAUUGUAUGUAUCUAAGUUGUGUGUACAGUACGCGUUUUUCUAUCCUCGCCAUAGGCGAGAACAAUUAUAUAAGCGGCAAAAACUAGUGGAGUGUAUACAAGUUUUGUUGUACGCGAUUACAUGAGACUAGAUUGGAUGCGCUAUUGUACUACGUGCACUGAACUUAACUAUGUCGAUUUACGACGAUAACUAAUUGUAUUAAACUAAGUAUACAUAUUUAAUUUUCAGUCAGUAAACGAUGGUGUAAUCGGUACGUCCGACAAAUUCGUUAAGUUUAACUAUAGAAACUAUAUUGAACAUCAUUAUAUUGUACUGCAUUAAAUAUCUUUCACAUGCGAUUGUACAUUUAUAAGAAUCUUAUCACAAACGAAAUACAAUUAUUGAUAGACGAAGAAAAAAGAAAAUGGUCCGACGUCCAUGGAGAGAGACGUUUUUCUUAAUUUGGGUAGUCGAAAGUGGGCAAGUGACACAAUAAAAACCAAUGUAAAACAAGUGAAAAAGAAAUAGCAUUGAUUUCAUAUCACAAAACACUUAAUGUAACAAUAAUGAAAUGUUGACAUCUGAGACUUCUUGUGCACAACUUCCCGGUCGGAUUCGCGCGUACAUAUUCACAAAAUAAUCGGUCCCGCUGAAUUUGUGUGGUUCGCGCAAUUUGUACGCUCGAACGGCUGCUGCUCGUCGCUAACCAAACCAUCGCGCGUGAAUACGCGCUUUGCAAAACGCAGUCACUAUUGAAAACGAGAAAAACUAUUAUACGAUAUAAUAAUAAUACGUACGUACGUACAUACAUACAAUAUUCGAUACCGCGCCAGGCAUCGAUAGUUCUCCCGUCUUGUUGGCUCAUUGACAGAAUCCAUAAGAGUCAUAAGACUUACGUCGCAGCACUUUUUAUAUCCACGCAUCUUGUAUUCUCCGAUCCUCCCUCUCGAACUCUCUAGCCGACACUUACAAAUUGAUAAAAUAAAAGAAAAAGAACGAAUUCGGAAGUAAAAGCGGGAAGUGGAAUAAUAACGAAGCAAAACACACAUGCCGGCCCUGAAUGCAUAAAAAUAAGAUUUAGUAACGUUAAUUUUUAAUGUGUAAGGAUGUAAUGAGGAUCUCGCCGAGCUGUUUGCAGUAGGUCAUUUUUUGAUUUUCUUUCGCUACGUUCUUACGAGGAGAAAUAAAAAAGUGUUUACUAACUAUAUUUUUCCGAGAGACAAUGAGGGGACGAAGGAAGAACACGCGCGCGAGUUCACUUUGCUCUUGAACGAAGAAAGCAUCGCGGAUUUAAAAACCCGACAUUCAAUCAGUGUAUGAGCGAUUAUGUACGAAACUAAAAAUAGUGAAAAACCGCUUUUUCAUUUCUCCUCGUUGAUGCAUAUUGUUCUUUGAAACUCGUCCAGUUCCAUGUUGGACAAGUGCAGAAUGUAUAUUAGUUGUGGAUUGUCAGUGUUUACGGGUUUAUAUACAACUAUAUUUGGGUGCGUUAUUUCGCCCAUCGAUGACAGGAUGAAUAAAGAGAAGACGUGUGUUUCUUCUACGAGGUAUAUAUCUUCGAGUGCAAGUUGAGAGGAAAUGUCGCGGUUAAUUCCGACACAUUUGUAACAGAUGUUCGAAGCGUACAUCGAUAUGUAUAUAUACAUAUAAACACGGUGGUCUGUACACAAGUUGGCAUACAUUUUGUAAUGUGUACUAUCGUAUAAUUGUUAAUACAACGUGAUCAUAGGCUCACA